AUGUUUCGUAAUGUUACUUCGAUACGUCGACUUAUCGACGAGGCAGCCGAAUUGGGUUCCAUGCGCGGCGGUUCUGUAGGACUUGGUGGGAGCCCUUGGGCUGCUGCUCAGACGCUCGGGAUCAAUCCCCUAGGCAACAUGGGUGGUAAUGGGAGGAAUGUUGCAAUGUCUGCAAUGCGCAUCCACAGAUUGAGAGCACUGGCGGUGCAGAAGCUCGCACAGGCAUACGAGGCAGACGAGAUCGCGUCGAGUGUCAUGGUCAUGCAAGGUGGUAGCGUGUUCGAAGAUGUAGCGGAACGAGUGCUCAAAUUUGAAUUCUACCGUACGCGUGGAAUCGUUCGCUGCUUCCGUGAUGAGUACCCAGAGGCGACCAGAGACUUCACACACGCUCUCAAGGAGUCUCGAGCUGCGCGUAAAGCCAAGGUAGCCCAUACCGACCGUGGAGGGCCCUCCGAAUCACGAACAAAGAGUACGAAGAAAAGGAAGGGCGGGGGUGGCAAGACCAAUGGGCAAGCCCCACCGAGCGGUACGAGUACGAUAGACUCGUCAGUUGACGGACCAGAUGGGGAGCCGCUCCUGAUCCACCCAUCUUUGCUGUUUCUGCGCGGAGCGGCAUAUCUGCAACACGCGGUCCACCUCAUUGAAGGUGCUGUCUUGCAGCUCGAAGGGAUACGCAAGGCUCCGUCCAUCGAUGGUGAUGAGCUGAGGCUGUGUUAUCUGGAGAACGGGAAAUACGGUGGAGUAGAGAUUGGGCACCCUGAUGGUCCGCUUGGGGAGAUGGGAGGUGCGAAGGCGAGGGCAUAUAGGGAUGCACUUGGAGAAGGCAGGUUCAAGGACCAGGUCACUUCAUUGCUGAAGAAGAGUAUCCGGGACCAUGGCAAGUUCUUAGCUCACUUUGACACCCUCGAGUCGCCCAAUUCCUUGUUCGAUAGUGAAGGGGACUUGGCGAAGCAGGUCGAGUAUGCGUUCUUACUCUCAGAGUCCAUCCGGCCUGGGAACCACUCGAACGGAUCCUCGCCUUUCCCGUUAUCUGAUACGCCAGCAAUGUUCACAACGUACAACCCGUUGCUCGUAGAAAGCCAUUUCAGCGUUCUCAUCUGUCAGUUGAUGCUUGCCGACUUUUUGGGGCUGUUGAAGAGGUUCAUCCGUACUGCAGCUCUCGUGGAUGGGCUUGAAGGAUACCCCGUAUUCCUCCCCCCUCGAUCCAUGGCCCAAGCAGAGGUUCUGGAGCGACUCGCUGGUGGAUGGAAGAACGGUAUCCAGCCUCAUUCUCUCUCCAAGGGCAGGGCGAAGGGAAGACUGGCUAUCGAGGCUCGACCGGUAACCCCUCCGCCUCCGCCUUCUCCCAUCCUGAUAAACACAGGGUCCUCCUCAACUGGGGCUGGGAGUUCUCGUGAUGAUAGUCCGUCAUCUGGUACCGGGUCUCCACCACCGUCCCCUCCGGGCCGCCAGGACGCGGACGAAGCUCUGGACUGUGCGAGGAUCUUGUUGGCACUUGUCGUCAACCGCCAACGGGAACGCGUGGAGAGGGCCACUGCUGAUAAGGCUGCAGGUGCGAAGAAGAAGCUAUUGCAGAUUAAUAUCCCACUUCAUAGACCGAGGGUGGAGGUUAUUUUGGCGUGGCUGGGGGCGGUUCAUUUACCCGAGUUGGAUUGA